CUUCCGUCCUUUGAGUUAAAACCGAAAGUAAACUCGGAGAGAUGCGCGUUUUGAAUAUAGCCGUUAAAUACAAAAUAAUGGGACGACUUGUGAAGCUAUAAUAACGGUCAUAAACAUCAAAUUAUAGUGUGAAGUCAGUUUGUCAUUAUGGAGAACAGAGAGAGCAGAACAGAGAGAUCUUCAUCUCCUGAUCUUCCUCUUAACCUCAGUGAUGAACCAAUGACCUCUGACCCCAGGAUCUUCAGGAAGAGAUCUUCAUCUCCGGAUCACAGCUGUGUGUCUCUGAAGAGUGACAGAUCCAAGGGUCCUCCUCCUGACCUCAGUAAUAAACCAGUGACCUCUGACCCCAGGAUCUUCAUGAAUAGAUCUUCAUGUCCGGAUCACAGCUGUGUGUCUCUGAAGAGUGACGCAUCCAAGGGUCCUCCUCCUGACCUCAGUAAUGAUCCAGUGACCUCUGACCCCAGCGGAGCAGAUGGAGAGAGAAGCAUCUCUGGAGGAGUCUCCUCUGUCUUCUGUCUGACCAACACGAGCGUUACAGCGUCUCUGAAUAAACCUGAUCAAGCAGUGAAUGAUGAACUACAGAGAGUCAAAGAGCAGCACAAAACCAGCAUGAAGAACAAGUAUGAGAGAUUAUGUGAGGGACUGAAACUCCAGGAGAAUGAAAGCCUCCUGAACAGCAUCUACACACAGCUCUACAUCAUAGAGGGAGAGAGAGAAGGAGUGAAUGAAGAACAUGAGGUUUUACAGAUGGAGAAAACAGCCAGAACACAACACUCACAAGACACUCCAAUCUACUGCAAUGACAUCUUUAAAACCUCCGCUGAAGCAGGAUGUGAGGAGAAAGAGCAGAUCAAGACUGUUCUUACUAAAGGCAUCGCUGGAAUCGGAAAAACCGUCUCUGUGCAGAAGUUCAUUACGGACUGGGCCGAGGGAAAAGCCAAUCAGGAUGUAGAUUUCAUGUUUGUGCUUCCAUUUCGAGAGCUGAACUUGAUCCGAGAUCAUCAGUACAGUCUUCACACACUUCUGCUGGACUUUCAUCCUGAACUUCAAGAUCUGGACUCACAGAUUUAUGAGGAGUGUAACGUUGUGUUCAUCUUUGAUGGUCUGGAUGAAAGCAGAAUCACACUGAUGUUUUCAGACGCUCAGAAAGUUUGUGAUGUGACUGAAACUUCAUCAGUGGCUGUGUUGAUGUCAAACCUCAUGAAAGGAGAGCUGCUUCCCUCUGCAUUCAUCUGGAUCACCUCCAGACCAGCAGCAGCCAAUCAGAUCCCCUCCAAAUACAUCCACCGUCUGACAGAAAUUCAGGGAUUCACUGAGCCUCAGAAGGAGGAAUAUUUCAGGAAGAGAAUCAGUGAUGAGCAUCAAGCCAGCAGAAUCAUCUCACACAUCAGAAGAGCAAGAAGCCUCCACAUCAUGUGCCACAUCCCCGUCUUCUGCUGGAUCUCAUCCACUGUGCUUCAGAAGCUCCUGGAAGAAGAUCUGAGAGCAGAAAUCCCUCAAACUCUGACUGAAAUGUACAUCCACUUCCUGCUGAUUCAGAUCAACAUGAGGAAGCAGAAGUAUGAAGAGAGAGAUCCAGAGAAACUUCUGCCGUCCAACAGAGAAGUGAUUGUGAAACUUGCUGAAGUGGCUUUCAAACAGCUGAUGAAGGGCAAUGUGAUGUUCUAUGAGGAGGACCUGAUUGAGAGCGGCAUAGACGUCACUGAAGCCUCGGUGUAUUCUGGGAUUUGCACUGAGAUUUUUAAGCAGGAAUCUGUGAUUCAUCAGAGGAAAGUCUACAGCUUCAUUCAUCUGAGCAUUCAGGAGUUUCUCGCUGCUUUCUAUGAGUUUUACUGCUAUUUAAUAAAGAACAAAGAGCCAGUGCAUAGAUUCAGAUUGUAUGGUAUUGAUGAAGACCCUCUGAAUGGUCUACACACAUCAGCAGUAGAUAAAGCUGUGGAGAGUGAGAAUGAUAAAGUCUCUCUGUAUGGUCUACUAACAUCAGCAAUAGAUAAAGCUGUGGAGAGUGAGAAUGGACGUCUGGAUCUGUUCCUGCGGUUCCUUCUGGGCGUCUCACUGGAGUCCAAUCAGAGACUCUUACAGGAUCUACUGAAACACACAGAGAACAGCUCAGAGACCAUCAGAGAAACCACACUGUAUAUUAAAAUGAAGAUCAGAAAUGAUGAUGUUGAUGAUUAUUUUAAACAUCCUCCUCUCUCAGUUGGUGAAUCCAUCAAUCUGUUCCUCUGUCUGCUGGAAGUGAAAGAUCAGAGUCUGUCCAGAGAGAUUCAGGAGUUUGUGAAAUCAGACAAACACUCAGAGAAACUCUCUCCUGCUCAGUGCUCAACAAUCUCCUACAUGCUUCAGAUGUCAGAGGAGCCGCUGGAUGAGUUUGAGUUCAAGAAAUACAACACAUCAGAUGAAGGGAGAAGAAGACUGAUAUCAGCUGUGAUCAACUGCAGAAAAGCUCUAUUUUCUGGCUGUAAUCUCACUGCUCAGUUUUGUAAGAGUUUGUCAUCAGCUCUACAAUCCUCAAACUGUGUCCUGAGAGAGCUGGAUCUAAGGAACAAUCACCUGCAGGAAUCUGGUGUAGAGUUUAUUUCUGACGGAUUGAAGAGUCCAAACUGUCAGCUGCAGAAACUGAGAUUUUCUGGCUGUAAUCUCACUGCUCAGUUUUGUAAGAGUUUGUCAUCAGCUCUACAAUCCUCAAACUGUGUCCUGAGAGAGCUGGAUCUAAGGAACAAUCACCUGCAGGACUCUGGUGUAGAGUUUAUUUCUGACGGAUUGAAGAGUCCAAACUGUCAGCUGCAGAAACUGAGUCUUGCUGGCUGUAAUCUCACUGCUCAGUGUUGUAAGAGUUUGUCAUCAGCUCUACAAUCCUCAAACUGUGUCCUGAGAGAGCUGGAUCUAAGGAACAAUCACCUGCAGGACUCUGGUGUAAAGUUUAUUUCUGACGGAUUGAAGAGUCCAAACUGUCAGCUGCAGAAACUGAGUCUUGCUGGCUGUAAUCUCACUGCUCAGUUUUGUAAGAGUUUGUCAUCAGCUCUACAAUCCUCAAACUGUGUCCUGAGAGAGCUGGAUCUAAGGAACAAUCACCUGCAGGACUCUGGUGUAGAGUUUAUUUCUGACGGAUUGAAGAGUCCAAACUGUCAGCUGCAGAAACUGAGUCUUGCUGGCUGUAAUCUCACUGCUCAGUUUUGUAAGAGUUUGUCAUCAGCUCUACAAUCCUCAAACUGUGUCCUGAGAGAGCUGGAUCUGAGUAACAAUGACCUGCAGGACUCUGGUGUAGAGUUUAUUUCUGACGGAUUGAAGAGUCCAAACUGUCAGCUGCAGAAACUGAGUCUUGCUGGCUGUAAUCUCACUGCUCAGUGUUGUAAGAGUUUGUCAUCAGCUCUACAAUCCUCAAACUGUGUCCUGAGAGAGCUGGAUCUAAGGAACAAUCACCUGCAGGACUCUGGUGUAGAGUUUAUUUCUGACGGAUUGAAGAGUCCAAACUGUCAGCUGCAGAAACUGAGGUUGUCUGGCUGUAUGGUGUCAGAGGAAGGCUGUGGUUAUUUGUCUUCAGCUCUGAGCUCAAACCCCUCACACCUGAGAGAGCUGGAUCUGAGCUACAAUCACCCAGGACAAUCAGGAGUCCAGCUGCUCAGUCACAAACUGGAGGAUCCAAACUGUACUCUGGAGAAACUCAAUGUGGAUCAUGGAGGAGAGAUCAGGAUGAGAACAGGACUACGAAAGUGGGCCUGUGAUCUCACACUGGAUCCAAACACAGCACACACUCGACUCAUUCUGUCUGAUGAGAACAAGAAGAUCACAUUAGUGAAAGAUCUUCAGCUGUAUCCUGAUCAUCCAGAGAGAUUUGAUCAUGUUCCUCAGGUUCUGAGUGUUGAGAGUCUGACUGGACGCUGUUACUGGGAGACUGAAUGGAGCGGAGAUGAAGCUGUAAUAUCAGUGUCAUAUAAAGGAAUCAACAGGAAAGGAGAGAGUGAAGACUGUUGGUUUGGAUCCAAUGACAAAUCCUGGAGUCUGGACUGCUUUGAUGACGAAUUCUCUGUCUGUCAUAAUAAUAAGAGAACUGGUAUAUCUGCUGUCUAUCCAUCCAUUAAGAGAGUAGGAGUGUAUGUGGACGUGUCUGCUGGUGUUCUGUCCUUCUACAGCGUCUCUGACACACACACACUCACACACUUACACACAUUCAACACCACAUUCACUGAACCCCUCUACGCUGGAUUUAGGGUUUAUUCUUAUUCCUCAGUGUCUCUGUGUGAUAUUAAAUGAUAGAGAGACUCUUUCUGAUGUUCACAUGAACACAAACUCAUCAAAUCUCUAUGAGGGGCCGUACAAGCCAUAAUUCAUUCUGGCACUCUCACACACAUACAUUCUCCAUUCACAUACAUAUAUACAGCACCUCAUAAAUGUCACUUCAUUACAUUUAAAUUAAUUCAUUUUUAAAUAGUUUUUCAUUGUCCUCCAGAAGUUAUGAAUCUAGAUCAGACUCUCCUACUGUUCUGAAUCUUUAAUAAACCGAGUAAUAUGUGUGCUUUAAUAUUUCUAUUGUAAACUGCUCAUCAAAUGUAAUAAAAGUCCAUUAGUGACUCAUUUGAUCCUGAA